CCUCCCUUUUCUCUUCUUGAAUCUGUAUUUUCAACAAAUGCUUGCACUCAAGAGAUUCUCCACCAUUUUAGCUGCUCAACCGGCAACACGUAUUGCUGUUCGACAGACGCCCCGUCUAAUUGCCGCUUCCAAGCUUCGUCCUGCUUGGAGAGCUUACUCGACGGCAGCCUCGGAAGCUGUUGUUGAUCCCACCAAGCAAGAUCCUAACGCAGACCAUCAUGCGGUGAUUUCCACCUUUGAUUUGUUCUCAAUUGGUGUUGGACCCUCCUCCUCACAUACUGUCGGUCCCAUGCGAGCGGCGAAAAUUUUCAUCAAUGACCUCAAGGAGCAUGACGUUCUGGAAAAAAUUCAUACUUUAAGAGUUGACAUGUUUGGAUCGUUGGCGCUUACUGGUGUUGGUCACGGUACUCCUGAUGCUAUUUUGAUGGGUAUCGAAGGUGAGACGCCCGAUUUGGUGGAAACAUCCACGAUCAAAUCCCGUGUCAAAGAUAUCCACGAAAAUAAGUCCAUUCGACUGGAUGGCACCCACCGCAUUCACUUUGAUCCAGAGAAACACUUGAUCUUCAACUACUUCAAAACCUUGCCACAGCAUCCCAACGGUCUUCGAUUCUGCGCUUACGAUGAGAAUGCCAAUUUGAUCGCCACCAAUGAAUAUUUCAGUAUCGGUGGCGGUUUCGUCGUGAAUGAAAAGACUCAGUUGGAUCACGGUGAAAAUGUCUACUACAAGGAAGAUAUUCAAAAGACCGAGAGCGCAGACGCUGUCGAUGCGGCCGAUCGCGAUCAAGCCGUUGCCGAACGUCGUGAACAAGAUAUUGCGGUGGUGGCCUUGCCUUUCCGUAAUGCCGAGGAACUUAUCAGCGUGUGCAAGCGAGAGAACAUGACCAUCGCUCAGAUUGUUUUUGAAAACGAAUUGAAGUGGUCGACUCCUGAUGAAAUCCGCAGCAAGUUGUUGAGAAUCUGGAACACCAUGGAUGAAAGUAUUCGCAAUGGUGUGAUGGCCUCACCCGACGAAUAUCUGCCAGGAGGACUCAACGUGCGUCGUCGUGCUCCUAGAUUGUAUAAUAAACUUCUCAAGGGUUUGUACGGUCCCGUUCAAACCCAACGCACCUAUCACGACAAUCAAAUCCCUGAUCCCAAGUUGCCGAUCGCCAGUGACAGCACCGACGCCGCCAUCGUCAACAGCCACUUCCCUCUCUCCUUGUCGGUCUUACCCAAGCGCCAACCCAAGCGAUUCUUGUUACCCGCUCUCGAUUAUUUAUCCGUCUAUGCUAUCGCUGUCAAUGAAGAAAACGCUUGCGGUGGUCGUGUAGUGACCGCUCCUACCAACGGUGCUGCCGGCACUAUCCCAUCCGUGCUCAAGUACUACCUUGAAUUCAUCUCCGAAAAUCCCGAACGCGAUGUCAUGGAAUUUUUGCUCACUACCGCUGCCAUUGGUAUGCUGUUCAAGCGUGGUGCUAGUAUCUCAGCUGCUGAGGUGGGUUGUCAGGGUGAAGUGGGUGUGGCCUGUUCAAUGGCUGCCGCCGGUUUCACCGCUGUCAUGGGUGGCUCCGUUGAACAAGUCGAGAACGCUGCAGAAAUUGGCAUGGAACACAACUUGGGUUUGACAUGCGAUCCUAUUGCUGGUCUUGUCCAAGUGCCUUGCAUUGAACGUAAUGCUUUGGCGGCCGUCAAGGCCAUUGCUGCCGCUCAGUUGGCUUUGAAUGGUGAAGGCGAGCAUCGCGUUUCAUUGGAUCAAGUGAUCGAAACCAUGCGUCAGACCGGUCUCGAUAUGAUGUCCAAGUACAAGGAAACCAGUCAGGGAGGAUUGGCCGUGAAUGUGCCCAUGUGUUAGAGAAUAUAUCCAUUUCUUUCUUUUUUUUUUUUCCUUUGUUAUCAUUUAGUUCAAUGUACCCAUACUUUUCUGUUUGGCUUGUUUUUCAUUAGUCAUCUAUACAUAAUGCAAAUAACAUAAUUUGAUUGAUUUAGACUCCAUUAUCACAAACUCCUGACUCAUGCUCCUUUUAUAAAUCACUUGUUAUGUCG